CUCCCCCUCCCCCGGCCGGGGUGGCUGGCCAGCCGGGUGUCGCUGGGCGCGUGGGGUCGCCUCGCCGCGCCUCCGCACGGGGUCAGCCGGCGGACCGUCCUGGCGAGCAGCCACCAGGGCUGGAGCCCAGAGAUGAGAGUGCCCAGGGGAGAUGCCAGUCCCGCCCGCCCUCCGCUGACCGGCCGCUGAAGCCCGCCCGCCGCCCCGGGCCCAGCAUGCGCCUGUCGGUGCGGAGGGCGCUGCUGGCGGCCAGCUGCGCGCUGGCCCUGGUGCUGGCGGUCCAGGUCGGGCAGCAGGUGCUGGAGUGCCGCGCCGCGCUGGGCCGCCCGCGGGGGCCCCGGGGCGCCAUGCGGCCGGAGCAGGAGGACCUGGUGGUGGCGGGCGCGGACCACGUGGAGUACCGCUACGGCAAGGCCAUGCCGCUCAUCUUCGUGGGCGGCGUGCCCCGCAGCGGCACCACGCUGAUGCGCGCCAUGCUGGACGCGCACCCCGAGGUGCGCUGCGGCGAGGAGACGCGCGUCAUCCCCCGCGUGCUGGCCAUGCGCCAGGCCUGGUCCAAGUCCGGCCGCGAGAAGCUGCGGCUGGACGAGGCGGGCGUGACCGACGAGGUGCUGGACGCCGCCAUGCAGGCCUUCAUCCUGGAGGUGAUCGCCAAGCACGGCGAGCCGGCGCGCGUGCUGUGCAACAAGGAUCCCUUCACGCUCAAGUCGUCCGUCUACCUGUCGCGCCUGUUCCCCAACUCCAAGUUCCUGCUGAUGGUGCGGGACGGCCGCGCGUCCGUGCACUCCAUGAUCACUCGCAAGGUCACCAUCGCCGGCUUCGACCUCAGCAGCUACCGCGACUGCCUCACCAAGUGGAACAAGGCCAUCGAGGUGAUGUACGCCCAGUGCAUGGAGGUGGGCAAGGACAAGUGCCUGCCCGUGUACUAUGAGCAGCUGGUGCUGCACCCCAGGCGCUCCCUCAAGCUCAUCCUGGACUUCCUGGGCAUUCCAUGGAGCGACGCCGUUUUGCACCAUGAGGAGCUCAUUGGCAAGCCUGGCGGUGUGUCCCUGUCCAAGAUCGAGCGGUCCACAGACCAGGUCAUCAAGCCCGUGAACCUGGAGGCGCUCUCCAAGUGGACCGGCCAGAUCCCUGGGGAUGUGGUGAGGGACAUGGCCCAGAUCGCCCCCAUGCUGGCGCGGCUCGGCUACGACCCCUAUGCCAACCCGCCCAACUACGGCAACCCUGACCCCCUCGUGGUCAACAACACACACCGGGUCUUGAAAGGCGACUAUAAAACACCAGCCAAUCUGAAAGGAUAUUUUCAGGUGAACCAGAACAGCACCUCCUCCCACUUAGGAAGCUCAUGAUUUCCAGAUCUCUGCAGAUUGCUGUCCAGAGAAGACACUUUGCAUUCGAGUGGAAAUCGGACCUCUAAUCCAAGCAUAUUGCUUGCUAUUAAUCGCCAAAACAGGACUGCUAAGAGGAAUGUAUUUGCAUAUGUUUGCAAAAAGCUGAUCACCGAAAACUUAAACCUGGAGACUCUACCUGCGGACCCCGGGCCCCCCCCCCCCCCGCCCCGGGGUGGAGAACGAAGAGUGUGGAAAGGAGUCUGGCUUUUGAAACUUCGGUAUUUCGGUAUUUUUUAUCUUGCCCCUCAAGAACUUUUUUUUUUUUUAAAGAAAUGGUUUGCCAUUUUUCUUAAUUUGCAGGACUGCCUGGGCGGUUUUGUUGGUAGGGACAAGGCCCCCAUCUGUGCCUCUCCUAUUGACUCUUACUUUUGAAUUCAAAGAAUCUAUUUAAGAAUUUAAUAUAUGAGGUUUUCUUUGAUUCCUCCUCCGUUCUCAGAUUUCAGAGAAAAAAAAUUAUUUGAAUAAAAUGACCAAGGACUCA